UCAUGUCCUGUUUUUGCACUACAAAAGAAAUUAAGGGUAAGCUCUCCAUAGUUCAGUUUUUGUUUAUGAACAUGAAUCUAGAUGAUUUUUUGCUUAUUUUGGUGAUUUUUAAUUUUUCUGGUCUUGCUCCAACAAUGAAAUUCUCAAGGAUGGAAUGUUCACAGUAGCAAAUCAUACACAUUGACAGGAAGAAUUGAAGACCUUUCAUAAAUGUGUGCAGAUGGAUUUCCUGUUACAAGAUGAAUUACCAUAGGAAUGAUACGACAGAUGAGCAUUUCCAAACAUACCGCAGGUAUACAAACACAGCCCUAGAAACAGAACAGGAAACUUUCCUUUACUGAUUUUCAACAGGCUGCCCAGGAUAAAACGUAUGACUGCAGCGGACAAGGACUGAUGAGUAUUCCCGAGUCCCUUCCACCGUCCACCACAGGGUUAGAUUUCAGCUUCAACACUCUCCCUUUCAUUCACAACUCGACCUUCAUCAAACUGAGGGAGCUCAUCGAUCUGGAUUUAACAAGGUGCCAAAUUAACUGGAUAUACGAGGAUGCCUUCCAGUACCAAAUCAACCUGCAGACACUGGUUUUAAUUGGAAACCAAUUCAUGUUUAUUGCUGAUAAUGCCUUCAGUGGCCCUAUGAAAUUGAAGCAUCUCUUUUUAGCCCAGACAGCAUUGAGUACUCUGCGGUUUGUACCCAUCAAGAACCUGAACUGGUUGGAAACCCUGGAUUUUGGUGAUAACGACAUUUACUCACUGCAGUUUCUGAGCAGUUUUACAACAAGGAACCUGAAGAAUCUCGAUUUCCAGUUGAACGGCAUUCAGAAAAUACAUCCUACUGAUGUUGAGGUAUUAAAGCAUGUCAUAGGACUCAACCUAAACUUCAAGGGUAAUGACAUUAUUUUUAUUGAACCGGGAGCCUUUGAUUCAUGUCAGUUCAACAGCUUGGACUUCAGCGGAUGCCUUAAUGAGGUCGACUUGUCUGUGAUUUUACUCGGACUAAAGGGACUCAGCACUAGAGUUUUAAAGCUAGGUACCUAUGAUGACACUCCAGAGCCAACAGAUAUAACUCCUACAUCACUCCAAGGGCUUUGCGAUAUCACAGUAGAGGAACUCAGUUUCCAGUUACUUAGUUUCAAGGACUUCAGCAAUGCAACAUUCAAAUGCCUGACCAAGCUUCAAAAACUAGACCUGACUCGAAGUCACAUUAGCUUUCUACCUUCCAACAUUCAAGGUAUGGACUCCCUCACUCACCUAAUUCUAAACGAGAACCAUUUCCAAAAUGUCUGUUUAACUUUUGCACAAAACUUUCCUGCUUUGACCCACCUCUCCUUAAAAGGCAACACAAAAAUUCUACAAUUCCAUCAAGGUUGCUUGCAAGCUCUUUCUAAACUUGAACACCUGGAUAUGAGUCACAGCUUUCUUCAAACAGGUAGCUGCUGUGGUAUUCAACUUAAAGGCCUGGGCAGUCUGCUUCACUUGAAUAUGAGCUACAACAGCAAGAUGAGCAUGCAAGGGCUUCCAUUCAGUGAGACACCAAACCUGUUGCUCCUCGACUUGACACAGACGGCAAUCACCUACAGUGUAUCUCGGGGGCCUUUCCACAACUUGCAGCAGUUGCAAACUCUCAACCUGUCACACACCUACACAAACACAAGCAAUGUGUACCUGUUGGAGGGGCUUCAAAGCCUACGUGUGCUUAGUCUGCAAGGAAACUCAUUUCAUUCCGGUGUUAUCCAAGUCAGUGAAAUGUUUAAGUGCGUGCCUAAGCUGGAGAUACUGAUCCUAUCUGAAUGUCAAUUGACUGCCAUUGCAGACAAGGCAUUUGAACCUCUUAAGGAGCUAAAGUAUGUCGACGUAAGCAAGAACAGUCUUUUUAAAUUCAACGGUCAUGCCUUCCCUGCUCUGAAGAACAUCCAUCUGAAUUUCGCAAGGAAUAACAUUGAGAUCAUAGCAGUGGAACAGAUUAACCUAAUGGAGCCCAGCAGUAAAAUAAGGCUGAGCUACAACCCAUUGUUGUGCAACUGUUCCAACCUUGACUUCAUCAAUUGGUAUCAGCAGAACAUGGAUAAAAUUUUGGAUCCAGAAGAGACUGACUGUGGUUCCCCCAUGCCAGGGACCAGGGUAGCGGAUGUCCACCUGUCUUGUGGCAAUCACUUGGUACUGAUCAUUUUACUUGUGCUCUCUGCAGUGCUGAUAAGCACUCUUGCUGCUGUGGCUGGGAGGAAGUGCCACAUACAGUCAGUGCAUGCAGGCUUUUGUUCCUACCAAAGGCUUGAAACGUAUCAUUAGUGAUCUUAAAUGAUAAAAAAAUAAUAAAACACACACACACACAACAACUAGGUUCUGAAUUCUUUGAUGAUGAUUUCUCCUUGCUACAUAAAAUUGCUUUUUCAGUUUUUUUCGUAUUCCACGAAGGCACAGACGUGGGUUGCGGCCUCCUCAGUCUGCAUGGACUGUUGGUCUUGCUCUGGUUUUGAACAUGAGUAAGACUGGAAAGCAAUUUGUUGCUACAUGUACUGGGGAGUGCUGGCCUUAUUUAGUUCAUUGAUUGUUAUUUUUUUUUUCUUUUGCCUUUGCAUGAUCAACAAAUUAUGCAUUAUAAUUGCAAUGUCUUAAUGAAACUAUUCAUAAUCACGCCCUGUUGGAGCUGUUUUAUAACACAGAAGUUCAGUAAUUAGUCAAGGUAAAGAGCACACUGUGCACCACAAGUAUAGCUGCACUCCUGCAGGCACAUUACUCAAAGGCCUUCUUGUGUGAAGUAGGCCAGUUUAUUGGUACACAUACUGACAAUGAAAAAAAAAAAAUCAGUGAUGACCAAGUAUCCACCACAAAGGGGAACAACUGAAAAAACAAUCUGACAACAGAUUAUAGUGCAUAUUUUACAUUUACUCUUGUGUUCAGAUUCUUGCAAAUAUACCCAGGGUGUGCAGUUUCUGUACUGUUUCGGGAUUACGCUGAAAAACUAGCAAUAUUAUCUAUCAAUCAAUCUAUUUUAUAUAGCGCCUUUCAUAGUGGACCACCAUCACAAAAUGCUUUACAACAUGCAUUAAGCAAAAGCAUAUCCCGAUUUGCAAUUGGAAAUUAAUCUAUACUUUGUUUUGCCUUUCAGUGGAAUUAAUUGAAAUCCGGUACAAACCAAACAAGACAAUUUGCUUUAAUAGGCUUAUUUGUACUACCUGUGUGAUGUUUUUUCGGUUACAAAAAUGUAAAAUAAAGAAAUGAAUAAAUA